AUGGCUACAAGCCCAGGAGGGAACUCCCAGCAGGGUGUCAGCACGGCUCCCCCACAGGGGUCACCUCACAACACAUCCAGUCAGGUUAGCAGUGAGCCAGCAAAGCACCUGAGCCAGACUCAGAGAGAGCUAAAGAAAGCCUGUGAGACCCUCCAGAACCUGCGAGACCUAGCUCCAAGCUUUCAGUCGCCAGCCCAGGUCCCUGUGGUCAACCUGCUCAUUGACCUGACUGAGCAGAUCCUGCGGAUCCCCUCUCAGAACAGAGGCACUCGGGGUUCCGAAACCCCUGCAACUCUCUGCCACUUUCCACCCCUCAGCGUGAUGAAUGGUGAAAUGGAAAAGCUGCAGACACCCAAGCAGAACACCAACCACGUUUGGAUGCACAAGCCCAGACCUCCUGCCUCCCCCUCUGCGCAGGUGGAAGACAUGCUGGAGACGGCCUUGCUGGCCCUGGGCAUAAUCCAGGAUGCGUUCCUGCGGCAGAACCCAGGCUGCCAGUCCUCGGUGACGCUCACCUCGACCGCCGCGUCUGUGCUGCUGAGCAGUCAGAACAUAUCGACGUUGCCGCUGAGCUCUUACACACUGGGCGGUCCAGCGCCCGUGAGCUUAGGUUUGCCAUCAUCUUCAGCCUUGGAGGCAUUCUUGAAUAAGUACCGAAGAGUGAGGGUGCAGGUUACAGGAUUGGCUUUCAAUCCCUUCCAGACAUUUGAUGGCAGGAACAUCACAGGAAGCGUUGGAAGCGUGUUGUUAAGUUCUGGCCAGGAACAGCUCCAAGUCCACGACCUGAUGGAAGACGUGGAGAUUGUGCUCUGGAGGAAUGCCAACAUAGACACCCAUGCCAGCAGCCUCAACGCCAGCACAGCCCGCUUCACAGCCAGUGUGAACAUCACCUCUGUGGAGAGAUCCUUGCUGGUGGCCAUUGAGCCUGCAAGUCCUCUCUUCCUCACUCUCUACCUUGGCUUCCAAUACCCGCCCAACCACACCUGCUUCCUCCUGACCACCACCCUGCCCAAGAGCACCACAGGGCAGAAAGAUGAGGACUACACGUGGGUGCUGACUCCUGAGAGCCUGCAGUACAGGACCGGCACCUACUACAUAACCGCCAUAUUGAAUGAGACAGAGACUGCCUGGCAGACACCCAUCUUGGUCUCGGUGGUAACUGCGGUCACCCAGUGUUAUUUCUGGGACAAGAACAACAGGACUUGGAAAAGCAGUGGAUGUCAAGUGGGGCCCCGGAGCACAGUUGUGAAGACGCAGUGUCUCUGUGACCACCUGACCUUCUUCGGCAGCGACUUCUUCAUUGUGCCCAGGACAGUGAAGGUUGAAGACACAGUCACACUGUUCCGUCACGUGUCAAACAACCCUGUGGGGGUGUCGUUGCUGGCCAGCCUUUUAGGGCUCUACAUGUUCUUAGCAGUGUGGGCUUGGAGGAAGGACCAGCAGGAUAUGCAGAAGGUGAAGGUCACCGUCCUGGCCGACAACGAGCCCGGCUCCCGCUUCCACUACCUGGUGGAGGUCCGCACGGGGCUCCGCCCGAGGGCGGCCUGCACGGCCCAGGUGGUCGCCACCCUGUAUGGAUCGGAGGGACACAGCCGGCCCCGUCACCUCUGGGACCCCCAGACGACAGCCUUCGGCCGAGGGGCGCUGGACGUCUUCCUGCUCGGGACCCGGGCCCCCCUGGGGGAGCUGCACGCCCUUCGCCUGUGGCUCCACGGCUCCCCAAGGCGGUGUUCCUGGUACAUCAGCCAGGUGAUUGUCAGUGACGUGGCUACUAAGAAGAAAUGGCACUUCCUGUGCAAUUGCUGGUUGGCCACAGACCUUGGAGACUUCCAGUGCGACCGGGUUUUCACACCAGCCUCAAGGACAGAGCUCCUAUCCUUUAGACACCUGUUCUCCUCCACGAUUGUGGAACGGUUUACCGAGGACCAUCUGUGGCUCUCCGUCGCAACCCGACAUCCCUGGAACCAAUUUACAAGACUCCAGCGGCUCACCUGCUGCACGACGCUGCUCCUCUGCGACAUGUUGAUUAACGUCAUGUUCUGGAGGAUGGAAGGCCCCACGGCCAAGAGGGUCGAGCCAAUGGGGCCAUUUGCUGUGACCUGGUUGGAGGUGCUCAUCAGCAUCCAAACUGCUGUCAUCCUUCUCCCCGCCCAUCUGGUCAUUAGACAACUUUUCCUGUGGAUUCAGCCACGAGAAGCCCUGCCCCUGCUUCCUCCCCUCCCUGCCGCCUGCCCCCCAGGUGCCGCCUGGGAGCCCCGCUCCUCCGCAGAGGUCGUGGAGGAAUUAAAGGAAACGGUGGGAUUUCUGCUCAGAAGAGACACGCGCCUGCUUGCCGACUGUGAGCCACCACUGCAGACACCUCAUGACAUGAGCCAGCUGGUGAUGCUUUUAUCCAGGAUCAUCCAUUCUCACUUAGAGGAGCAGGGCUAUUGCCGGCACGCAGAACCCCAGGGGCCAAGUGUGGCGUCGGAAACCCAGUACCAUUUCCACUGGUACCUGCACAGAGUGCUGCGGAGGCUGGAAGCCCACCUGGACACACUGGCCACCACCCAGGGCCAUCAGCCCUGCGACCUCCGGGAAGCGGCCAGCCAGCUUCAAAAACUCCAAGAACUCCUGGAGACCCGGGUCCUACCCAUGGAGAAAGGGGCGGCCAGGGAGACAACGAGUUUCCCUAUGCUGAGCCCAGAAGCAGGGAAGAGGCCCAGCUGCGUUUUCCCACCGGCGUUAUUGACAUCCAUCUGCUGGCUCCUUCUAGGUGUCACUAGCUUGGCUUCGGCUUUUUUUACAGCCCUUUAUAGCUUGGACUUGAGCAAAGACCAAGCCACCAGCUGGGCUGUUUCAAUGAUGCUGUCGGCACUCCAAGAUACCUUCAUCAGCCAGCCAGUAAAGGUGAUCGUCUUCACAUUCCUACUCUCACUGCUGGCGAGCAGGAUGCCCUGGCUUAACAAAGAAAAGGAGCAACAGACCAAGAGGAUCUUGGCACUUUGGGCAAAAUGUUCUUCAUCGUUGUCUGGCUCGAGAGAUAAGAACAACCCCAUUUACAAAGCCCCAGUGGUGACGAGGCCAACCAACGACCCAAAGAGAACCUGGAAAAAGAAGAAACUCGUGAAGCUGACGGGUGAUAUGUUGGUACAAACCCUCUUCCUUAUCCUGUUGAUGACUGUGGUCUACUCUUCAAAGAACUCUAACAGAUUUUUCCUCCAUCAAGCUCUCUGGAAGAGUUUUUCUCACGGUUUCUCAGAAAUCAAAUUUCUCAAGGACUUCUACCCCUGGGCCAACCACACCCUCCUUCCGAACCUCUAUGGGAAUUACAGAGGGUUUAUUACUGAUGGGAACUCCUUUCUUUUGGGCAAUGUUCUGCUCCGGCAGAUUCGCAUUCCUAAGGCCACACUCUUCCCAGUCUCUCUCAAAGAACAAGUCAUGUCAUCUGACCUGUAUCAGGAGGACAGAGGGAACUAUGGGGUUGGCUGGGGCCUCCCCGACACAAAUCUGACUGAAGCAGACAGCAUUUGGCAUUACCAGGAUCAGCGCACACUGGGUGGCUAUCCCAUCCAAGGAGAAUUGGCCACCUACGCAGGAGGAGGGUAUGCUGUGCGACUCGGAAGGAACUUCAGUUCUGCAGCCAGAGUUCUCCAGCACCUUGAGCAGAGUCACUGGCUAGACCGAUGCACCAAAGGCCUCUUUGUGGAAUUUGUGGUCUUCAAUGCUAAUGUGAAUCUGUUCUGUGUUGUGACCCUGAUUUUGGAAUCCAAUCAUGUGGGUACUCUCUUUACCUCCGUACGACUGGAGAGUUUAACUUCCCUUCAGACAUCAGAGAAGGGCUUCGCCUGGACGACUGCCUCCCAAGUCGUCCACUAUCUUCUUGUCUGUUACUACACCUUCCAACAGGGCUGUCGGCUUAAACAGCAGAAGUGGAGGUUCUUCACUAGAAAGAGAAACGUUCUGGACCUGAGCAUAGUCGUCAUUAGCUUCAGCAUCUUGGGACUUGACAUGAGGCGCAUUUCUCUACAUAAGAAAAACAUGGCACAAUAUCGCCAUGACCCAGAGAGGUUCAUCAGCUUCUAUGAGGCAGUCAGCGUGAGCUGUGCAGUCACUCACCUCGUGGGCUUCCUGGUCCUGUUGGCAACUGUUCAACUAUGGAACCUGCUGCUACAUAACCCCAGGCUGAAGGUCAUCAGCAACACCCUGAACAAAGCCUGGGAUGAGGUGGUGGGCUUCCUGCUGGUCAUUCUCAUCCUGCUGAGCAGCUACGCCAUGAUGUUUAACCUGCUGUUUGGAUGGAGCAUUGCAGACUACCAGACUUUCUUCAGCUCUGCAGUAACUGUUGUUGGCCUCCUGAUGGGAAUUUCUCACCAUGAGGAGGUUAUUGACUUACACCCAGUCCUGGGCUCCUUCCUCAUCCUCAGCAAUGUCAUCUUAAUGGUAUUUGUGAUCAUUAAUCUUUUUGUUUCUGCCAUUCUCAUUGCCUUUGGAAAAGAAAGAAAAUCUCUUCAGAAAGAAGCUGCACUGACAGAUAUGUUGCUACAGAAGCUCUCAAAUCUAUUAGGAAUCCCGCAGCACCAGAACCCCUCAGCUGAGGAAGAGUCAUGACAAUGGGUAUUGAUUCAAGUCUUAAGUGUCUUUCCUUCCACCCAAAGACCAAGACUU